AUGAGUCUCCUUCGAUACGAACAGUGGCGAGCUCUUAUUUUCCGACUUCUCAGGAACCUGUCUCCUGAUGCCCGCACACGCUACGUCUCCAGUGCGAUAGAAGAUAUCCUUGGAUACUUGCCUCCAGAGGUGCUCAACAGACCAAUAUGGGAGUUCUUUCAUCCCGAGGAGCUCUCGCAGGCCCGUACGAUCUACUCGCGGUCUGUCCGACAUGAUAAGGCCGCGGGGUUGAACUAUUUUCGAGUCAAGCAUAAGGACGGCCACUGGGUCGCAUGCGAAUGCGUCUUUACCGUAGUGUGCGACGUUCUGGUUGCCAGCACCAGCAUCUACCGUCGCGGCAAGCAAAGUCAGAUGCGCGCUGCUGAUGCCCCUGUUGUACGCCGGUUAUUUGCAUCAUCAUCUCGCGACCCUCGCUACCAUAUGCUGAGCUGCAUGUCUACGAAAUUCAAGCCGUCGCCGUCGCCAAGCAGCUCAUCGCCAUAUGCCUCUCAUGAACCGCGUGCAGCAUUAUUUCUGAACCGUUUCACCCGCUCUGCAGCCGUCAUAUACGCCACGCCCAGCGUUGCCAACAUCCUGGGUGUAUCACCUGCCUCUCUUAUCUCGACCAGCUUCUACUACUGUAUUGAGGAGUGCUGUCUCCCCCAAGCUAUACAGUGUCUGGAGAGCGCCAAAGCAAACGAUUCCAUAGCGUACUUACGUUUCUGGUUCCGAGACCCUACCGACCAAUACUACACAUACUCUCACCCUCCUCCCGAACGACGCAGACGAUAUACCAAUGCAGAAACAAAUCCAAGCGAGUACAACGACUACCCCUCACACUCGGAAUCCGGACAAGGGCAAGGGUCGGAAAUACAAUCCCUCUCCACACCUUAUGACAGCGACACGCCAGCCUCCUCUCAACUCACACAUCAACGGCCUUCAACCUCAUGCUCGGACACCCCUUCCUCACCUCACCCUGUUCCCAUAGAGCUUGAAGCCAUCGUUUCGUGCUCGUCUGAUGGGCUGGUGGUAAUUAUUCGACGUGCGAGACCGCCGAUACCUGGAUCUGUGAAACAUCCUGGCCACCCGAUCUACGGUCGGGACGUGUCGUUCGCUACACAAUUACAAUCGGACCCGGACGAGAAAUCAAUUUAUGCCGCCAUCGACUCCUCUGCCGACGGCAUAGAGACAUAUGGUGAAUAUGAUGAUGGCAAGAGCCUAGCGCCUGGCGGCCCUGAGCCCGAAGCGCUGAUGAUACGAUUCGAAACGUGA